AUGCAUUUCCGUUUGGCUCUCCUGGCCUUGCUCCCGUCUCUAGCAGCCUCGUCGAGCACUCGGCAACGACGCCAGAGACGUCAGACCAGCUCAAACUCGUCUGCGGACCUCCUUACUGACAUCACCAUCAUCCAGCAGUACUGGGGGCAGAUCACGCCGUAUGCUGACAAUGCCGAGGACUAUUUUGGAGUGAGCGAUGUUGGCCUGCCAGAUGGAUGUCAGGUCGAGCAGGCUCAUCUACUGCAACGACAUGGAGCUCGCUUCCCCGGCGGGACAUUUGACGACGGGCCCAACAAUGACAACUUCGGCGCCAAGGUCAUGAACUGGACUCGAGCCAAUCCCUCGUCCAAAUUUAGCGGCCCGCUGGGCUUCUUGAAUUCGUACCACUAUGUCCUGGCACGAGACUAUCUUACCGGUAUUGGUGCUUCUCAGUCCUUCAUGGCGGGUGUCACCUUCUGGAACCGUUACGGCCGCACGCUAUAUAAUGCUACCCAGGGCCAAGUUGCGUACAACGCAACCAACGCCAAUGGUACCAGCAAGCCGAAGCUGACGUUGAGAACGACGAGCCAGUCCCGGAUUGAGAAUACUCAGAUCAGUUGGGCACUGGGGUUCUUCGGCCCCAGUUACCAGUUCACUCCAGAUCCGACCGUGGCCAAUUUCACCAGCCCAUUCAACGUCGUCAUCAUCCCAGAGGGUGGAACCGAGAACAAUACCCUGGCUUCGUACGAUUCCUGCUUCAAUGAUAACAAUCCAAUCACUGGAUAUAUAGGAGAUCUAGAUUUGUUAAGCUACCUGCCACUCUACCUGACGGGCGCUCAAAGCCGGCUAUCUCAAUACGUUCCAAGUGGGUUUAAUCUUACAUUAAACGAUACAUACGCCAUGCAGAGCAUCUGCGCGUACGAGACCAACUAUCUGGGCAGAUCUGACUUCUGUACUCUCUUCACGGAAGACGAGUGGUCCGGGUUCGAGAGCACGCUGGACAUCGAGUACUACUAUGACUACUCGUACGGCAACCCGACAGGAAGGGCACAGGGUAUCGGGUAUCUGCAAGAGCUGCUGGCCCGGUUGCAGAACCAGUACAUCACGGUAUCCAAUUCGAGCGUGAACAGCAGCCUGACCAACAACUCGCACACAUUCCCGCUAGGCCAGAAAUUCUAUGCCGACUUCUCGCACGACGACAUCAUCAUCUCAGUUCUCACGGCGGCCUCGCUCGACUACCUCUACGACCCGCCAUCCCUGACGGAAUACCCGCCAGACCCCAACCGACACUUCAUUUUGUCGCACCUGACGCCCUUCUCGGCGCGACUAGUGACAGAGGUGAUAGGGUGCGGAUCCGGUAGCCCCACGCCCAAGAAUGUAUCGCAGACGCAGUACUCCCCAACACAAUACGGAUACAAUCCCAGCAAUGCGACGCACAAGUUCCUCCGCAUGCGGCUGAACAACGGCGUUCUGCCCCUGUCGACGAUUCGCGGCGGUUACUGCGGCAGCCGCAGCGACGGUAUGUGUCCGCUGAGCUCGUUCAUAGCGAGCCAGGCCAGCGCCUACGCUGAGAGCAAUUACGACUACGCCUGCUUCGGGAACUACAGCAUCAGCUUCCCCAACAACGGAACCGAUUACGACGGGACUCUGUUCAGCGGGACCGCCAAGCAGAAACGCCAGCAGAAACGUGGAGUGGUCAGGAAGUGGUGA